AUGGGAGGCGGUCCAGAUAAGGAAGACCUCCUCGUUACUGUGCCAUUACCUCGGUCGGCCUUCAAUCUCGCAAAGCUCCAAAAACGCUACCCAGACUUCAAAGUGACGUUCAUCCAGAUCAAUAGAGAUGAUCUGAGCGACGAGCAGCGUAAAUCAGAGUUGAAAGCGCUCUACAAGAAGGCAACCAUUCUUCUCACACUCCAUCUCCUGCCUGAUGAUCCGGGCGAUAUCCCCAACCUCAAAUUGAUUCAUCUCCUCUCAGCUGGUGUUGAUCAUGUCGUGUCCAGCCCCAUAUUCACCUCAACCACCAUUCCCCUUACGACCUCAUCCGGCAUCCAUGGACCACCUAUCGCCGAAUGGGUCCUCGCCUCUGUGCUGGGCCUCAGCCGGCACUCCUUCACCAUGCAUAAGUGGCAGCGCGAUCAUCACUGGGGCGGCACAUCGGAACUACCAGGUGGUAUGGGCAGUAUGAGCGAUUGGCUGGGCAAGACCGUUGGUAUCGCCGGCUAUGGGAGUAUUGGCCGCCAGAUCGCCCGCGUCUUCACUGCACUGGGCUGCCGCAUCCACGCCUACACUGCUUCACCACGCAAUACCCCCGAGGCGCGGCGUGACACCGGCUACCUGCUGCCCGGCGUUGGCGAUCCCGAGGGCACUCUCCCCGCUGCCUGGUACAGCGGCACGACCCCCGAAUCGCUGCACACAUUCCUGCGCUCCGGCCUGAGCCUGCUCAUCAUCGCCCUUCCGCUCACGCCCGCCACCACGGGCCUCUUCGGCGCCGAGGAGUUCCAGAUCCUGCAUGACGCCGCGCCAGGCGGGGGCAAGGCGGCGAAGACUAUCCUGGUGAAUAUCGCGAGGGGGAAGAUCGUGGACACGGAGGCCAUGUUGAUGGCCUUGGAUGGGGGAAUGCUCAGGGGCGCGGCACUAGAUGUGACGGAGCCAGAGCCGCUGCCAGAGGGCAGUGAGUUGUGGGAUCGGGAAGAUGUGGUGGUGACACCGCACAUGAGUGCACUGGGAGUCGAGUAUAUGGUCAGGGCGUUUGAUGUCUUUGUCUCGAAUAUAGACCGCCUGGAGAAGGGGGAGCGGCUUGUCAAUGAGGUGAAGAGGGGGAGGGGCUACUGA